UGUAGAUGUUGUAGUCACGAGAAGUGGGCGUGAUCACGAUAACACACUCUGUAAACACCCGAGGCCAGAGUUUCCUGAGUGGAGCAGGAGGGAGCAGAGGAGAAACAGCAGCCAGUCUGGGUCAGUGAACAUGUUCCUAAAAAAGUUGUCUCCAAUUCAAUUUUUGUGUUUUAGCAUUUGCUGUUGAUCAGACAUGCACUCCGGAGGACAACAACUCGACUGCUUCGCUUCACCUCCCCGCUGCAGCUCGUCCUGUGUGAAAAUAUAUCUGUGCUCCAGUCCAGAGGACAGUGUGGUGGAGCGCAGAGCUCUGAGAGAAACUGUGUUCCCCAGAUUCAGAGAGCACUGCAGACACUCACUGGGACUGGAAGUCAGGGUGAUCGAUCCAUUUGAGUCCAGUGAUCCCAGACAUUGGCCAGAUGAAAACACCAGACAGCAGCUGAUACAAGAAUGCAGAGAAAGCUCCGCUGGACCUUUUUUACUGGCUCUGGUAGGACACCAGUAUGGGGCAGCCAGCCUGCCCACCCAGGUGGAGGUGUCAGAGUACCAGCUGCUGCUGCAGGAGAGCCAGCAGGCAGGAAUCAGCACCCAGGAGCUGGAGAGGGUUUACCAGAGAGACGAGAACACCGUCCCUGCCUCCUACUGUCUCAGACCUUCACACAGACACGCCUGUUGUCCUACGCAGGCAGAGGUUAAGGAGGAGGUUAAAGAUGCAGAGCUGAGGAAGGUGUUUCAGACAGCUGUGAGUCUUUGUGUCCACAAUGACCUUAUGACCCCAGAGAGAGCCAAAAGCUACUACAGAUCAGCCCUCGAUGCAGAUCUGCGAUUUGCUCUGGAGAACCGUCCUGAUGAAGACAUCGUGAGACGCUGCUUGGUCUAUGUGCACAAGGUCGUCAAUGCAAGAGGAGGGAGAGAAAAAAGGGAGAUGAGUUUACAGCUGCAGCCAAAAUCAGAGUCUGAUUCCUCUGACCAGGUGGCUCUGAGGCCACCUCCCACCAGCGACGAAUUACUAUCAGAGCUGUGUGACGUCUUCCUCCCUGGUCUCAUCACCUCUUCCAAACUUCUAGUCUACGCCACAACCACAGAGUGUGACCAUCGCCAUGGUUACACAACAACCAGGAGGCGGGGCUAUGCGGAGGGUCUCUGCCAGCAGGUUCACUCUGACCUUGCGGGGCUGAUUGACGACUUGAAAAUCUCGGAAGACUCUAACCUUGGCAACGCUUUAUCCCGAGAGGAGGCCGAGCAGAAACAGCUGUGUGACAUCUUUGCCCGAUUUUAUGAUGUCACUCAGCCAGAGGAAGAAAAGGUCAGAGCCUAUGUGGAGCAGAGGGAUCCACAGUGCCCACUAGUGGUGAUGGGAGGACCAUGCACAGGGAAGACAGUGCUGCUGGCACGCUGCACACAGAAGGUCGAUGCACUGUAGUGAAAUCUGAAACUCAUCUGUUCAACUGAGUGUCUUUUUCUUAUUGCUUUUGAGAAAAUAUUUCAAUAAAUGUUGUGUUUGCAUUGGAUUUUAACGUUACCUCUAGGUCUCAACAACUUUAAUUUGUCUGCAUCCAGACAGAAAAAUGAUAAAGCAAUUAAAUACAUGCUGCAAACAGUGACCAUAGAAAUAUGUAUUUACAAUUAAGUAUACAAGUUCCUCCUCCAUUUUGUUUAUUAUUGAUUUUUAAAUAAAGUAAAGGCAACGAUUCGUUUAAAAGGAGCAAAAGCUAAUGUGUUCUUCCUUCUUGUUUAAGUAAAUGGAUCUCAUUCAUGGAAUGAAGCAGUUAAACUAAUUGAUAGGAAUCAGAGACUGGCAAUGGGUAUUCUUCAUUAUUUUCUGGAAUUUUAUGGACCAAACAAUAAAUCAAUCAAAUAUUCAUCAGUUUAAUAGAUAAUUAUAAAAUUGGUGUUUGCAGCUCUUCUUCAGUUGACUUGACCCUCCUGUACACUCUCCUUGUCCCAAGGGUGAAAAAUGACCCUAAGACGGUCUCUGUACCCUGGGGAUGUACAGCUUUGAUGAAACUAUACACAAAAACACUGAUUCACGUUUUCUAAUAGUAAGGUCGCUUUAGGAAAAGUCAUCGAAUUUCAAAUUGAAAAAGGUCAUUUAGGGUUGUUUUUUUUGUUGCUUUUAUUCAACAUAGUCACUGGGUCAUUUUGGACCCUUAGACAGCAGAAGGUUUAAAUAGAUUUAAUGUUAAAUCACAAGACAAGAAGAGUUUUAUCUAUAGGGUUUUUUCUGGCUCACAAUGGGCCUUUUGAGAGUGACUAUGCACAGUAGUAAACAUGAUCGGCCCAUGUAGUCUAUCUGUAACUAGUAGCUCUAUCAACAAAAAGGAAUGACAUCUUAAAUUCCAAAAAAGAAGAGUAAUAUAGUUCAAGACAAGACUAAUCAACCGCCAAACUUAAAAAACUGUUGCAAAGAAGUCAAAUCAAGUCCUUAACGGCUCUGUCUCUCUCUGCAGAUGAA